AUGCAUUCCUUCACCAUCGUGCGCGCGCUCGCAGCGCUGCUCUUCGCCUUCGUCGCCCUUACCGCCGCGCGCCCCGUGUCGUCGCCGCUGCCGGCCCUGCGCAACCUGCCGCGCGCCGUCAAGGGCCAGAUCGACUACACGCGCGACCUGGUCGACCCCAUCCUGUGCCCGACGGUGGGCAGGGGUGCGUGCGACGCGCAGUGCGGCCUACAGUCCGCCGGAAUGACCGGCAGGUGCGACGAGAACGGCAACUGUGUCUGCGCUGACGGCCAAGGUCCAAUCCGCGAGACCGACCUGCGUCUUCAGUCUUGA